GACUAAUUGACCUUAAUUAACGAUCAAAACAAAAAUCCACCCAUCUUUUAAAUACAUUUAUUGGGCGCGCAUUCUGUUGGGUCGCACGCUGUGUCUAAGCAACUGUUUUGAUACGUUAUAUUCUGUCACCCAGUAUCUGUCAUCAAAAUGGCUCUCCACAUUCCUAAAGCUCCGGGUUUCAUGUCAAUGCUGAAAGAAGGUGCUAGGUACUUCGAAGGCUUAGAAGAAGCGGUGUAUCGUAACAUUGAAGCGUGUUUGGCGCUCACGAAGUCAAUACGGUCUACUUAUGGACCUUCUGGGCAGAACAAAAUCGUUAUAAAUCACAUUGGUCGCCUGUUUGUAACGAAUGAUGCUGCUACAAUCCUCAAGGAACUUGAAGUCGCCCACCCAGCCGCGAAAAUACUCGUUAUGGCAUCUCAACAACAAGAACAAGAGGCUGGUGAUGGUACAAAUAUUGUAUUUCAGCUUGCCGGCGCUCUACUAGAACAGGCUAGGGAUCUUCUACGAAUGGGCCUCUCAGUAGCACAAGUAACAAGUGGCUAUGAAAUGGGGUGCAAAAAGGCCUUGGAAAUACUUAAUGAACUUGUGGUUGAGAAUCUGAAUGACUUGCGAAGUUUCAAAGAUGUACGUCGUGUGAUUAAAUCUGUUGUGAUGAGUAAACAAGUCGACCUAGCUGAUUUCCUCUCGGAUCUGAUAACACACGCAUGUAUUGAAACUUUGCCACAGAAGUCACAUUUCAACGUUGAUAAUAUUCGGAUUUUGAAAAUAUUGGGUUCUGGUGUUGGUCAUUCAAAGAUGAUAAAAGGUAUGGUGUUUCGUCGAGAAACCGAAGGGGAAGUUAAGGAAGUCCGUGAUGGCAAAGUCGCUAUUUUCUCUUGUCCCGUUGAUGCACUUCAAACAGAAACCAAGGGUACAGUCCUGCUUACGUCUGCUGACGAACUCACUCAGUUCAGUAAAGGUGAAGAGAAUUCGAUGGAAAAGCACAUGCGUUCUCUUUCGGAUGCUGGUGUGAAAGUUAUUGUCAGUGGAGGGAAAGUGGGAGAACUGGCAUUACAUUACGCUAACAAGUUGGGCAUGAUGGUGGUAAAGUUGAGCAGCAAGUUCGACGUUCGACGUCUCUGCCGAGCAACUGGAGCUGCGGCUCUCCCACAGUUGACUACUCCCACACCUGAGGAGUUGGGCCAUGUUAAUCAUGUGUAUACGGAAGAAAUAGCAGACGCCAGUGUAGUUAUAUUUGAACAAGAUAAACAUGAAGGAACUAUAGUCACUUUGGUAAUUCGUGGAAGCACAGAAAAUAUCAUGGAUGAUGUAGAGCGUGCUAUUGAUGAUGGUAUCAAUACAUACAAGUGUCUUACACGUUGUCCAAAAUUGGUUGCAGGCGCUGGAGCCGUGGAGAUAGAGUUAGCUCGCCGCUUGGCGUCAUACGCCGAUACUGUGCCUGGUCUGGAACAAUAUGCAAUCAGAGAAUUCGCACGCGCUUUUGAAGUUACCAUCAAAGUACUGGCCGAAAAUGCCGGCAAAAAGGUUACUGAAGUGGUUGCCGUCCUGUAUGCAAAACACGAAUCUGGGCAAAUUCAUACCGGUUUAGUGACUCAACCAAACGGUGAAGUUUCCGUUAGUGAUGCUGUUAAAUCUGAAGUUUUGGAUAUUCAUCUUUUGAAACACUGGGCUAUACGUUUUGCUACAAAUGCUGCUGUUACCAUAUUACGAGUGGAUCAAAUUAUCAUGGCACGUCCAGCUGGUGGACCUAAACCUCGUGAUCCUAAAGCCGCAGAUGAAGACUGAUGAAUAUUAACACCUAAGUUGUGAAAUGGCUUUGCUUGACCAACUGUUCGAUUGUAUUGUUAUGUAUCUUUGAAAAUAAAUCAUUAUAACCUACUCGUUUGUUUUCAUUUUCAUGAACUCUUGAGGUACUUACGUUGAUUUGCGAAAUGUAGUUAUAUGAAAAUGUGAAUGGACAGGAUACAGUGUUUAAUAUGUAAAAGUCUCGUAAUAUAUGUAUUUUAACGAAAUAAAGUGUCUUUUGCUAAGUUCAUAUUUAGUGUGUAUUCAUGAGGUAAUAAGCUCCAUAACUUAAAUGGUAAGAUCGUGUGUUUUAAAAUGAAGCGAUUGUCAUUGUAAAUCUUGUCGGAAAUCUUAUAGUAAUGUGUAAAGAUUAGUCUAUAAUGUUUUCAUCAGCUGGCCUGUAUUUCUUAAUUACUGGACAAUAAUAUUAACUUGAAAAGUUGUACAAAUUUUAGACUUCUGAGUUGAACAAAUUAUUAUUUUUCUGCAGCUCCUCAUCCUCAUUAGGAAUCUUGAUUGUUGCAUGAAUAAAUUUAUUGAUGAUAGGAAAUUAAACAGUAACUCACUGAAUAGAAUACUUUCUACAAUUUCAGUAAUGCUGCAACAUCUCAAUGUCUUUUGUAAAUUUGUAUUGUUUUUUCUAAGGAUUCAAAGUGUGGCUGUUGUGU